CUAAAACCUAGCAGAGGCCCGCGCCGCCGCCGCCAACCGCGACGAGGAAGGAAGCAGGAACGCGAUGCCGAAGUCGAAGCGCAACCGCCCAGUGACCUUAUCGAAGACCAAGAAGAAGCCAGGUUUAGAGCGCAAGGGCAAAGUAGUCGCCGAGAUAAAAGAUGCUGUCGACAAAUACAGCAGCGCCUAUGUUUUUACCUACGAUAACAUGAGGAAUCAGAAGCUCAAGGACCUCAGGGAGCAGCUCAAGUCUUCGAGCAGGAUUUUUCUCGCUGGAAAGAAGGUUAUGCAGAUAGCGCUGGGGCGUUCGCCUGCUGAUGAAGCUAAAACAGGCCUCCACAAACUUUCCAAGUUCCUUCAAGGCAACUCUGGUCUGUUAUUCACCAAUCUUCCAAGGGAUGAUGUUGAGAGGAUGUUUCGAGAAUUCGAGGAGCAUGAUUUUGCAAGGACAGGAAGUACUGCUAUCGAUACGGUUGAGCUUAAGGAAGGCCCUCUGGAACAGUUCACACAUGAGAUGGAGCCAUUUCUACGCAAGCAAGGACUUCCAGUUCGCUUGAACAAAGGUGUUGUAGAGUUGGUUGCAGACCAUGUAGUUUGUGAGGAAGGAAAGCCCCUUUCGCCAGAAGCAGCGCAGACUCUGCGGCUGCUUGGGAUACAAAUGGCGACAUUCCGUCUAUACCUUGUGUGUCGCUGGUCGGGCGAUGACUUUGAAGUUUACAAAGAAGGCUUGAUGCACCUAGGAGCUGAUGAAUCCUCUUAAGCUUUUGUUUCCUGUAUACACAAAGGGCUCACUUGCUGUCUUUGCUGGGACAGCUUUUGGUAACUGUGCGUGUGGCCAUGUACCAGGGAGUAUUGGAAGUUAGAAAGAUACAAUCUGCAGGAAAAAAAUGCUAGUGUAUUUCUUCAUUCUGCCCCAUAUUUACUCAACUGUUGAAAGGUGUAAGCUGAUUUGAAUAUCGUAUCAGCAUUAGUUAAGAGGUUGAUUGAUAUCAUAUUCUUGUAAUGAUAGAAUAUUCUAUUGGAAACCAUAACCCUAACUAGAGUUUUGGGGUUCCCUAUU